GAAGGAUCAAUAGACCGGGGCAGAUAAAGUCCCACAAGCCUCUAGUGUUGCCAUCUUUUUAACAAACCUGGAUACUCGAGACUUCACCCACCUCCCCGAAGUGCCUUUCCACCGCCACUCGCCAAGAUGCCCAAAGGAUUCCUGGUAAAAAGAAACAAGAAAUCUGCACAUGUUUCCUACAGGACUCGGUCAGACGAAGAUGACCUCCAGGAGCCACCCACCCCAGCUGCCUUCCCCAUUUACGCGCACCCCUCCCCGCCGAUGUCCACGGCGUCCAGUCCGGACCGCGCCGCAGCUUCCCAGUGUUUCACGGCAGCUGCAGCGCCUGUGCCAAGACUGGAGAAGCCGGCACAGUUCGGAAACCCAGAGGCGGUGUGCCAAGCCCUCUACAGCCCCACCCGGCCCAUCAGCAAGGAGCACGACAGGGGAUAUUUUGAGCGAAGUUUCAAUCUGGGCUCGCCUAUUUCUGCCGAGUCAUUCCCGACACCCGCCUCCCUAUCCGGCUUGGACCAUCUCCUGUACGCCCCGGUCGACCUGAAAAUCGGCACCAGCAACAGCAGCCGCAGCGGCACCACCAGCAGCCUCCCGGCACCGAGCAACCGGGCCGCCACCAAAAGACCCGCGGCUGACGGCACAGAGCGCAAAUCCAAACCCGCCACAAAGAAACCCAAAGCCAUUAGAAAACUCAACUUUGAAGACGAGGUGACGACUUCUCCUGUGCUCGGUCUCAAAAUCAAAGAGGGGCCGGUGGAGGUGAAGCCGAGGGCGCAGUCCUCCGGAGGGAACAAGCCUCUGGGGGAGUUUGUGUGUCAGCUGUGCAAAGAGGCGUACGCGGAUCCCUUCUCUCUGGCUCAGCACAAGUGCUCUCGCAUCGUCAGGGUCGAGUACCGGUGUCCCGAGUGCGAUAAAAUGUUCAGCUGCCCCGCCAACCUCGCCUCCCAUCGCCGCUGGCACAAACCCCGGACCACCGGCGCACCGGCGAUGCCGCCCGCGCAGGGUAUGAAAGCUGAAAUGGCCAAAAUGCCACCGCUCGGUGUCAAGUCAGCAUCCGACGAAGCCAAAGACAUGAGUGACAGAGACACCCCGAGUCCCGGUCUGUCCGAGUCGGGCUCAGAAGAUGGCUCGUAUGACUGCCAGUACUGCGGGAAGAGGUUUAAGCGUCAGGCAUACCUAAGAAAACACAUCAUGGGACAUCAGGCCUUGCAAAAGAAAGUGAUGGAGGAGCACGGGUUUCAAACCGGCGAGCGAGCUGCAGAACAAGCACCGGUACCACCAUCCUCCUCUACUGCACCAUCCUCCUCCUCCUCGUCCUCCUCCUUCUGCUCAGAGGAAGCCUCAAACCAAAGCCCCCUCAACCUGAGCCCGGUGGACUGCCUGCUGUGCCCGGUGUGCGGGGAAAGUUUCACCAGCAGGGCCGGCCAGGAGCGACACCUGCGCCUCAUGCACUCCUCCCAGAUCUACCCGUGCAAAUACUGCCCCGCCACCCUGUACAGCUCGCCGGGCCUCACCAGGCACAUAAACAAGUGCCACCCCUCGGAGAACAGGCAGGUGAUACUGCUCCAGAUGCCGGUGCGCCCAGCCUGCUGAAAAAAAGACAACACUCAACACGUGCCUUUGAUAUGGUGAAUUUAAAAAAAAACAAACAAGAAAAAGUGGCUUUGAGGUUGAAAAAAAAGAGUUGGUGAUGCUCGCUGCCAUAACUUUAGGCCAAUGACAGGCAGGGCUGGUUUGAUGUUUCAGUGGUGUUUCAUGAGGUGUCUUUUUUUCUCCAUAUGCCAAUCAGUGAUUGUUGAAUGCUUCUCUAUAUUUGAAUAGGCCUAUUUUGAGACUUUCUUUCUCAAAUUAGUUUAUCAAGAAAAAAAAGAAUACAAAGCGUUAGUUUGACUGUUAUAAGGUAUUUUUCUAGGACAGCACAUGUGCUCAAUGAUAGCUUCUAGACCUAAGAAAUGUCUUUAAAUUCCCAGAAACCCUCUUUAUUCACCCCCAUCCAAGCCCUUUCGGAUUCACUGACCGUGAUUGCCCCAUCACCGUAGCUUUACGCUAUAUGUUUGUGAAUGACAAAACUUGUCAACAUUUGUCCAGGUGGGAAAAAAAUACCUAAAAGUGUGACUGAAGAAUUCCCUGUUUAAGUAGAACCACAAAUGCCUUUAGUAUAAAAGCCUAGUGUGAAAUAGUCUACAUCCAAAUCCCGCUGUAUAACUGCCUUAAAGUCAACAUAGAUUGUUUUAAUUUUGAAUGCUGGCACAUAUUUUAUAAUUAUUAUCGAAGAUUGUUGCAAUAUUUUUCAUCAUGAUGUUUAUUUAUUUAUUUAUUGGAAUUAUUUUAUGUAACUUAUUGUUGUGUUUGUUGUGAUUUUUUCCCUGUGAAUCGUUCUGGCAGUUUACAUGUCGUAUAGCCAAAAUGUUUUUUUUAUUUUUUUAUUUAAACAAUGUUUGUUUGUUUCUUUUGUCAGGUUUUAUGAGUUGUGACGCUUUUUUUUGUCGUGGGUCGGGUUUUAAUCUUCAAUCUCCACAGCUCUUGUAAAAAAGAAAGUAAAAAAAACGUAAAGCUCUUACCUUAGAUGCAAUCUUUUUUAAGGACAAGUUAUUUUCUUAAAUGUUGGCUUUUAUAGCGCUUUGAUUGUACGUGUAUAUGGUUGUUGUCUAUCGAAAUAAAAAAAAUAUUUUCAAAAGGA